GGGUCAGGACUGGGCCGGGAAGCGGCUGCUGCGGCUCUAGGCCUCUCUGGUUCCUGUCCCUUUCCACCCUGACUUGUAACACUCCCCUCCCGCCUGCCUUGUGAGAGGAGCAGGAAGUGUGGGGGGAAGGUAAGUGGCUUUCACAGUGGCAUGGCAGCUCUUGGUUUGACCUUUCUGGGGCCCUUAGAGGGGAUAUGCUAGGCACAGUCCCGCAGCAAAAGAUCCAGAGACCAGACCUGCUUUUCCCUUUCUCAGUUUUCCCUGUCUAUACAGUGAAGGGUUUCAUAUUUCCUAUAUUUUUUACAUAGUUAUCUCUGUUAGCAGGAGCAUGCUGUGGCCUUUGUAGUUAGUCUGUGCACCUGGGUUGCCUUUAACAUCUCCCAUAAAUGAAACAGAAAGCAAGAAUCAUGGAGUGUUUUGUGAACAGUUAAUGAAAUAAACGUCCCAGCAUCUCUCGAGUUGGUAUUAUUGCACUAAUGUUACAGAAAUGAUCAGCAGGUAAAGUUUAAUGCACCAGAAAGUUGCCUAAAUUCAUAGGCCUUGUCACUGUAACCUUUCUCUGAACAAGGCUGAUAUUUCAGUGCAGCUCCACUAAUGGUAACAACAGUGGGAUUGCUGAGUUAGACAAGGUUCUGAAGAACUGAGGAUAGUUUUUACUGUCAUUUUGAUUAAACGUGCUGCAACAGUUUUAGCUGAGAUGUAGUGAAAACAUUGUAGGCCCACAGCCUUUCUGGACCACUCAUACUAGCGCUGGUUGUGCUGCAUGGAUGGAAAAUUAUUUUUAAAAGGGGCUAGUGUAGACAGUCUUGUGUCUCUCCUGUUUGUUCAAUUAGUUGGAAAUAAUACUUCAGUCAAAAUGCAACACUUAACCAAAGUUACCACUUUUUCCAAAACGAAGCAUACGUGUACUCACCUGGGUAUGGGUUGGUGUUAUUUAUUUACUAGAUUAGACUUUUUUCUCCUUAAUUAUUUUACAACACAAUUGUGAAAAUGGGCAUGCUUUGCAAUAUAUGAUACUUAUAAAAAAGUAAUCAUUUAGGUCUAACUUGGAAAAUAGUUGUAAUACAUGGUUACAUUGCAAGUAUGUGAGUAGGCCUAUUGACUUGAGUGGAAAUACUUGCUUGAAGUUUCACAUGCUUAGACUCUAGAAUGUGUACCUCUCUUCUUCCUGUAUUUUAUUGGAUUGGGGCUUUAUAGUGCCUAAAUUAUUUCUAUCACUUGAAAAGGAUCACAACAAAGGUCACAUUUUAAUUGCUGGAGCUUAUAUACUGUUAAACCUAUACUUUUUUUUUCCCUUCAAAUUUUCAUUCAAAGUUCAGUUUCUGGAGAAAAUAGCAAUCUAUGGGAAGACUAUAAAUCUACUGAUCUGUUAACUUUCUGUUCCUACAAACUUGGAUUGCCUUUGAAAUUACCUGAUGUUCUUUUAUGGAAUCAUUGAUCAAACUAAGAAGCUGAGGUGUCUUGCUAGGACUGCUUCUCUGCAGAUGCUUGGCUAAGGAGUAAAGGUAUCUUUCAGAUGAAGGAAUUGAAGCUUGCACAAAUUCUUCUGACAAAAUCAAUAUAAGUGACGUUAUCCUGAUUGCCCUUAAUACAGAUCUAAGAACCAUUGGCAAGAAAUUCCUCCCCAGUGACAUCAAUGGUGGAAAAGUGGAAAAGCUGGAAGGCCCAUGUGUCCUGCAGAUACAAAAAAUACGCAAUGUUGCUGCACCAAAGGAUAAUGAAGAAUCUCAGGCUGCUCCCAGAAUGCUGCGUUUGCAGAUGACUGAUGGACACACAAGCUGCACAGCAAUAGAAUAUAAUUAUAUGUCAAAAAUAAGCCUGAACACUCCACCUGGAACAAAAAUUAAGCUGUCAGGAAUUAUUGAAGUGAAAAAUGGAUUCUUGCUUUUGGAUGACAAUAACACUGUAGUUCUUGGCGGUGAAGUGGAACAUCUUAUAGAAAAGUGGGAGUUACAAAGGAGUUUAUCAAAACACAAUAGAAGCAACAUUGGAACAGAAGGUGGACCACCCCCUUUUGUGCCUUUUGGGCAGAAAUGUGUGUCUUCUGUGCAAGUGGAUAGCAAGGAACUUGAUCGGAGAAAGACUCUACAAAUGAUGAUCACUGCUAAACCUGUUGGAGACAAUGAUGAAUUUGAAAAACAGAGAACAGCUGCUAUUGCAGAAGUAGCAAAGAGCAAAGAGACCAAGACAUUUGGAGGAGGUGGUGGCAGUACUAGAAGCAAUCUUAUUGUGAGUGCUGGAGGAAAUCGAAAUAGGGAAGUGUUCCAGAAAGAAAAGAUAACAAAACCAGAGGGGAAAAAUGAAGGUGUCUAUCGUGAAUUGGUUGAUGAAAAGGCUCUAAAACACAUAACAGAAAUGGGUUUCAGUAAAGAAGCAGCAAGGCAGGCGCUUAUGGAUAAUAGCAACAGCCUAGAAGCAGCAUUAAAUUUUCUUCUGAAUAGCAGUAAACAGAAACCUACUCAGGGACCACCACCUAGAGGGAAAGGCAAGGGCAGAGGCCGAUUAAGACCCGAAGAUGAAGAAGAACUAGGAAAUGCCAGACCUUCUGCACCCAGCACACUCUUUGACUUCUUAGAGUCAAAAAUGGGUACUCUAACAGUAGAAGAACCAAAAUCACAGUCUCAUCCACAGCAUCAGAUACAACACAGAAUGCUGAAUACAGAGCAGAAUGGCAUAAAAGACUACAGCCAUCCAAGAUACCUUCCUCGAAAUGAUAUUAGACAGCCAAGAAAUGAGAAACCCCCUCGUUUUCAAAGGGACAGUCAGAAUUCAAGACAGGUUUUGGAAGGUAGUGGGUUACCAAGAAACAGAGGUCCUGAAAAACACAGCUCCUUAGGACCAGAGCAAUGGACUGAAGAUAAAAAUAAGUGUGAUAGACCUUAUCCAAGAAAUGAUAGGCUAAAGGAUAUUGGUUAUCCCGCAGCCUCUCACCAGAGUGAUUUUUCUUUUAAAAAGAGGGAUAAUGCUAUGCAGAGCAGACUAGGAAAAGGGGUUUCAUUCAUGGAACUGAGUGAGAAUUCUAGUAUUCAAGAUACCACAGAUGACAAUAAUCAGAAACGAGGGAAGAAGGAAAACCAAAUACAUAGUCCUGAUAAUUUUUAUGACAUGAAAACACGAACAAUAAGUAAUGAAACUUUCAGUUUAAAAAAUGAGCAACGUUUUGUUAUGAAUAGUGACUACCAGAAUCCUGUUAGAACUGAUAAUUUUAAUGCUUUACCAAAUGGAGAUACUGAACAUCUACAGAAAGGAAGACGAGUAGGACCUAUUAAAUCACCAGGACCCAGUGUUGCUGCACCUUUUGAACACAAAUUGUUGUAUUAUAAUGCUGGUCCCAAAAGGAGAUCUGGGCCCAUCAAACCAGAAAAAAUACUGGAACCAUCUGUUCCCAUGGAGUAUGGAAAAAGCUGGAGACCAGGGGAUGAAUGUUUUGCUCUUUACUGGGAAGACAACAAGUUUUACCGGGCAGAAAUUGAAGCUCUUCAUUCUUCUGGAACAACUGCAGUUGUUAAAUUCUGUGAUUAUGGAAACUAUGAAGAGGUGCUACUAAGCAACAUCAGGCCAAUUCACGCAGAGGCAUGGGAGGAGGAGGAAGAUGCUUAUGAACAAACUCUAGAAUUCCGCAGAGGAGGUGAUGGCCAGCCAAGACGGUCCACGCGACCAACCCAACAGUUUUAUCAGCCCCCAAGGGCUAGAAACUAAUAGGAAAAAAUAAAAGCAAUUCGUUUGGGAGGGGAAAAGUCAUCGACACUCCUCUCUCUCUCCAUUGCUCAAGACUUCUAGCAGAACUUCUGGCUUUUCCUAAGGAACAGGAUAUAAGAAAGAUGGCUGGUAUGAUCAGGAAAAAUC